GCGGCCGUACCGCGCGGUCCCUCCAUUGGGCGGGGCGGGCUCCGGCCUGCGAUUGGCCGGAGGCCGGAGGCGGGCACGGGCUCCGGCCUGCGAUUGGCCGGCGGCGGCGGAGGGAGCGGCACCGUGAUGGAGGCGCCUGGGCCGGUGACCCGGGCGGCGGCGCGCAAGAGGGCGCCCACGAUCCCGGAGGAGCCGGAGCGGCGGCCGGGGCAGCGGCGACCGCGGAGGAGAAUUGAGGAGCAAGAAGAAGCCGUCUUUCGUGAAGUGGUCAGUUUUACCCCGGAGCCUUUGCCAGCUAGAUAUUAUGACAAGGACACCACCAAACCUGUCAGUUUUUACUUCUCUUCACUGGAGGAACUCCUGGCGUGGACGCCGGACGUGGAGGACAGCUUCAAUGUGGCCUUGGAGCCCUCCGAGUGCCGGCAGCCCCCCUUGAGCAGCCAGAGGCCCCGGACCCUGCUGUGCCAUGACAUGAUGGGCGGGUAUCUCGAUGACAAGUUCAUUCAGGGCUCGGCGGCGCGUAGCCCCUACUGCUUCUACCACUGGCAGUGCAUCGACAUCUUCGUGUACUUCAGCCACCACACCGUGACCAUCCCCCCCGUGGGCUGGACCAACGCUGCCCAUCGGCAUGGGGUCUGCGUGCUGGGGACCUUCAUCACCGAGUGGAAAGACGGUGCACAGCUCUGUGAAGCCUUUCUGGCCGGGGAUGAGCGCUCGUACCGAGCCGUGGCUGACCAGCUGGUCCUCAUUGCCCAGUUCUUCCGCUUCGAUGGCUGGCUCGUCAACAUCGAGAACUCUCUGAGUCCGGCCGCGGUGGGCAACGUGCCCCACUUCCUGCGCUACCUGAGCGCCCAGCUCCAUCAGCGGGUGCCCGGGGGCUUGGUGCUGUGGUAUGACAGCGUGGUCAGCAGCGGGCAGCUCAAGUGGCAGGACGAGCUCAACCAGCACAACCGGGUCUUCUUCGACGCCUGCGACGGCUUCUUCACCAACUACAACUGGCGCGAGGAGCACCUGGAGCGCAUGCGCGGCCCGGCGGGGGGGCGCCGCGCCGACGUGUACGUGGGCGUGGACGUGUUCGCGCGCAGCCGCGUCGUGGGAGGCCAGUUCGACACGCACAAGUCGCUGGAGCUGAUCCGGAAGCACGGCUUCUCCGCGGCUCUCUUCGCCCCCGGCUGGGUGUACGAGUGUUUGGAGAAGAAGGAUUUCUUCCAGAACCAGGACAAGUUCUGGGCUUUGCUGGAACGCUACCUGCCCACACACAGCAUCUGUUCUUUGCCCUUUGUCACCUCUUUCUGCCUGGGCAUGGGGACACGGCGAGUGCACUACGGACAGGAGGAGGCGGUGGGGCCCUGGUACCACCCCAGCGCCCAGGAGAUCCAGCCCCUGUUCGCGGAGCACAGGCUGGAAGAGGACGGCCGGGGCUGGGUGCGGACGAGCUGCUGCCUGGCGGACGCCUGGCACGGGGGCAGCUCCCUGCUCAUCCGUGGGGGGAUUCCGCCCGAGGUCGGACCCGUGGCCGUGAGGCUGUUCUCUCUGCACGUGCCCGUGCCUCCCAAAAUUUUCCUGUCCUUGGUGUAUAAACUAGAAGGGCCCUCAGCUGUCGAGGUGGCAUUGGAGCUCACCACGGGGGACGCAGGCAGCUGCCACGUGGGUGGCCUCUGGACGCUGGAUGCAGAAACCAGCUCAAGGCACAGCCCCCGACCUCUCCGGGUGCCCCCCACCAAGCUGGCCAGAUGGGUGGGCCGCUGCGGCCAACAGCUCCAUGGGGGCUGGGUCCAGCGUUGCUACGAGGUGAACCUGCGGGGCUGCCUCCUGGGAGACCUGUUCGUUAGCUUUGCGAGGCCUGCGGGCAGCCGGGAGGAGGCCAGCUUCGUCUGCAGGCUCGGGGAGAUCCAGGUGGUGGAUGCCGACAGCCUGCUCCGCCCGCUGCCCCGGGUGCAGGCCGUCACUGUGUCCCGCGUGCGCUGGCAGCCGGCCACGUCCGAGGAGGAGGAGGAGGAGGGGGGCGCCCCUGUCCGGCUGCGGCUCAGCUGCACCCUGCACUGGUCCUACCUCCUCUCUCCCAUUCGAUGCUUCCGGAUCCACUGCCUCCCAGGGAGCGGCGGGGGCUCUCCGCACGGGGGGCCACCGGGGCCUGACAAGCCCGUGCUCCUGGGCCUGGCCUUCGUCAACCAGUACCGGGUAGUGGAGCUGCCGGUGGCGGCCGCGGGGCCCGGCAGGGACGGCCGGGUGCAUUUUCUGGUGGAGCCCGUCCCCAAGGAGGGGUUCCUGGUGCCGCAGGCCGAGUGGGGCCGGGCAGCCCUGCUCUACUCCCUGCCCCAGCUGUGAGCCAGCGCCGAAGCUGGCUUUUCCCCGCCUCCGGGCUCAGGGCCCCAUGCGGUGUGUGGGAGCCCACGGGUGCCAGGUGGCCGUCGCUGGGGCUCUUCGGUGGUGGACGCCGGUGACAGGAAAACCAAGAAGUCCGUUUGCUGGGCUGCUGAUUUCCCGAGGUUAAUGAACUCCGUUAUGUCUAA